AGAUGCACCCGUCACAAAAUGCCACGUCAUAACCAUUUCAUCCUUCAAUGCCUACUCCUCCUCUGCCUCCUCUUCACCUGCCUCGACUCCAGACGACGUGGCCAAUCUGGCCGAACAUUUGAGGACUCGAAAGCCGAAGAACGCCAUUUCGAUUUCAAAGCGGCUCCUGGCGAGGAAGCUGCGGAGGAAGUCGAGGAGAAGCCCAAGAUUGUGCUCGCGUCGAAAGGGGAUAGUGGGAGUACUGUAGCGACUACGGUAGCUCCGAAGGUAGAAGUGGAAGAGGAGGCAACGACGCAGUCCACUGAAGAUUUAGUGAAAAAGCUGUUGGAAGGAGUCUUCGACCUGGAGAAUCUCACCAAGAUCGUAGAGGAAGAGCACGCAGAAGCCUUAGAUGAAGCCACCAAUCGCACAGUUUUAUGGAUUGACACAAGCUACAAGGCCAUGGACUACAAUCUAUCGACUGAUGACUUUGAGGAGUGUGCCACGUGGCAAAAGUAUUGGAAUUUGACGGCCGAGCUGGAGAAGAAUAAGGACCGGAACCUGUCAAGUUCGGGGAAUGACACCGAAGAUGUAGUUUCAGAAAUUGACGAGCUGAAAGAAACCGAAGAAAAUUUGAAGCAAACAGAGCUAGUGAAUACCAAAAACAGGCUCAAAGCUCUGGGCCUGAAUCCAGAGCUUCUGGUGGCUUACAAGGCCGUUGGCCUAGUCUACCGGGAGAUCUGCGGUAAUCAUGGCCGGACGUUAUGGUAUCGUACUCGGGAAGACGCAAGUCUGAUCGGGGUCGACUCGUUCUCUCCGAUCUGUGAGCCGUUCAAGGAACAACUAAACCCUGACGAGAGCACCCUAUCCCAGCUGGCUCUAAAACUCAAUAUACUCAUCCAAAACGUCACUGAAGGUUUUGAGCCGGCUCUUAGACGUGGUGGAGGUGGUAAUACGACAUCAACAGAGGAUGGUGAAAUUCAAAACUCUACGAUGCUAACUUCCAAAGAGCCCGAAGCGGUGACAUCUGACGAUUCAAUAGUGCUUCUCCCAAGCUCAACCGACAGUUCUAAGGAACAGCUGACUACUUCACAUCCUGCACAUCAUCAUCACCACCACCAUCACCAUCAGCAUCAUCAAACUCCACCAGCUCCCUCCACUGAGACCCCUGAGACCCCCACAACAGCUCAACAAGCAGACUAUGAAAUCAACGACGAUGAGUAUGAUAACAGGGUUUUCUCGUCAGGGCUCCCACCAGAAGAGCCCACUACUACAACGGAGCCAACCACUACCACUACUGAAUCAAUAUCCGAAGUUGAAGUUUAUGACGAUGAUGUUUGGGAUUACAGGGAUAUGGAAAAACGCUUCAAAGUUCGUCACCAGGUAGUUUUCGACGGAAAUGAGAUCGGAGAGGAUGAGCUCGACGGCUCCUUCCCAAGCAUCCACCAAGCUUCCAACCGGAAACGUAGACGCCAUGUUGUCCUCAAAACAAAAAUCCGAAGAAGAAGAAGAAGAAAAAGAGCAGCUGGCUCCGAUGAAGAGGACGAGAAGAAGAGUAGCGAGACUGUGAUUGAUGUGCACCAGGAUAGUGGGGAAAAUGAUGAGGACUGGUUGAAUGUGCGCCAAGUGAUCAAGACCACGGAUGGUGAGACUACUGUAGCAAUCAUUGAGGAGAGGAGCCACUUGUUGGAUGGAAAUUCCACCGAUGUGCGCGCCUGGAUUGAGAUUGAUGCUUCGGAUCUUAUCAACCCGACCCUGCUAAUCUCCUCCCCAGAAGCCGUAGCGGCACUCGGCCUGGAGGUAGAGGCAACAGCGUUUCAAAGAUUUGAGAACGUUGGGUUAUACCUCCCGGGGAUUUGUUCAGAGUAUGUGCCAAAAGCUAUCGAUGAGUUUAACAGUAGUAGUUUUGAAGGAAUUGAGAUCGAAGGCCCGAUUGGUGUGAAUAUAACUGCUCUGGAGCUUGCUGGGGUGAACCUGACGAGCCUUGCCGAUAAGCUUAGGAAUGAUACAGAAGUUGACGAGAUCCUCUCGAGGACCAAUGGAUCUACGAAAAACCUGGGCGGAAGCUUCAUCCUCCCCGUGUUGAACAAAAACCAAUACGACCCAUUCUCGGCGCCGAUCGUCUUUCAAGGUUCCGCAGUUGUCGUGCGAUUCGGCAUCUACAUCGAGUCGAUGAGUAAUUUUCAGACGAGUACUAUGGAUUACGACAUGGACAUCUACCUGAUGAUGUCGUGGCGAGACGCUCGACUGGUCAACCCGUAUGAUAAACCGAUAUUGGUGAAAGAAGAGGAUAUUCUGGAGAAGAUUUGGAGGCCCGAUCCGUUUUUUGCGAAUGCGAAGGAAGCCGAGUUUCAUGAAGUCACUUUUUUGAAUUUUCUGAUGAGAAUCUUCCCGGAUGGGCUAGUUUUAUACGAGACAAGAGUGAAAAUCAAGCCGUCUUGUAAUCUAAUCCUCUGCAAGUAUCCUCAUGACAAGCAGACGUGUGAUUUGCUCAUUAAGUCGUUCGCCUACCCCGUCGAAACUGUCCGAUUCGAGUGGUUCACGCGGCGAAAAGACGCCAUCGACAAAAAUCCGGACGUAAAGCUCCCCGAGCUAUACAUUGAUCGCUAUGAGACCACGACAUGCCCGAAUGAACGAAAAUCUGGCGCAUUUUCUUGUCUUCGAGCAGUUUUCCGUCUGAAACGAGAUGUCGGAUUCCAUAUUGCUCAGACCUACAUCCCGACGAGUCUUGCGCUGAUGUUCUCGUGGGUUGGUGUAUGGCUUCCCGAAGAGUUUAUGGAAGGUCGUAUUGGAGUGGCUAUUACCGUACUUUUGACGCUUUCGACCGAAUCUGCUGGAGCUCGAGAGCAUCUGCCAAGUGUGUCGUAUUUAAAGGCAAUCGACUUAUGGUUCGGUUUUAUCACUGGAUUCGUCUUUUUUACACUGCUUCAGACCCUUUUUGUCAUUGGUUUUGAUAAAAGAGCAAAUCAGCUCAAAAAAUGGGCUGGUCGAAAGACAGCAGACAUCACUGAAGAAAUUCGAGAAGCUCUUCUACAAAAAGCUACACGAUACCAUAAAACUGGACGAUACCUUGAUAAUUUCUGCCGUGUCUUUUACCCAUUAAGCUUCAUUUUAUUCCUUUUGAUGUAUUAUUUCGUGUUCACAGAAGGACGCCAAGAUGAUUGUAUGAAUCGCCGAUGAUCUCACUUUAUUUUUUUAAAUAAAUAAAUAUUGGAAAAAAAUACGAUCGGCCAAAUUUUUCAUAAUUUAUUUUUGAUCUACUUGUUGAGCUUGACUCCGCCCCCGAUCUUGCUGCCGUUGUUAUUUUUUUGUGGCUGUCUUGUCGAAGGAAGGGGCGGAGUCAAGUUCAAUAGGUAGAUCAAAAAUAAAUUAUGAGAAAUUUGUGCGAUCGUAUUUUUUCGAUGAUA